UGCAGUUGUGCGACCGACCGAGCUGCAAGGGCUGAGAAAACAUGGGAAGCCAAUGGAAAUAAAAUAGAAUUAUCUGUAAAAGUUUUGUUUUCUGCGUCUGACGCUGCAAUUUGUGGGAAAGGCUCAGAUGUCAGUAACUUAAAGAUUCGUUCUAACGGUUGUUACUCAACUAGGUUAAAAAAAAAGUCUUUUUGGACAUUUUGAGAGAUCAGUACACUGAUAUGAGAAAUGAAUUGAUCGCCAACGAAAAUUCUUGGAGGUGGUUUCAAACUCUGCCACGAUGCGGAGAACAGUGUUUCCUCCAGCCAUUCAACAGUUGGGGUUAAAUGAAGACGAGGUGUCUACUACACUUCUGGAGGGGAAUCUCGGUUUCAACCAGGAGGGACGGGGGGAAAUGGAAGCUGAUGGAGUGGACUCUGGAGGAUCAGAUUCAGAACCAGAUGUUGAUAAGAAUACUGAGAAGGACGCAUGUAGUGGCAAAGAGCGAAAGGACACAAUACAUUGCUGCUCUAAGUUAAGACACAAAGGAAAGAGCAACUUGGAUGCUCACAUGAAAACACAAAUAGGGCAACGUUUCGAUUGUUCCUUUUGUGGUAGAAUGUUCAAAAAAAGACAGGGUCUGAUGUGCCACUUAAAGUCCCAUACAGCUAAGAGAACCUUGAGCUGCACAGUUUGUCGCAAACGAUUUAUACAGAAUACAGGAUUGAAAUGCCACAUAAAAAUCCACUCUGGGGACAAACCAUUUAGUUGUACUACAUGUAAAGGAACGUUCAGGUCAUCAAAACAGGUCAAAAUCCAUAAGAGCACAGGUGAAUCAUCAGAUCUUCCCAAUAAUGAGCCUGAUAUGACACUUGGAUGUCCUAAAGCUGAUGAAAUGUUUUCUAGCUGCUACUCCCAGCAGAUACACAAGAAAACUCACCUUGAAAAGGAUGUGUUUACUUGCGCAGAGUGUGGCAUGCAUUUUCGAUUUAUCUCGCAACUGAAGUCUCACAGGAUGAAACACACCAGAGAAAGACAGUUUUGCUGCAGUAUAUGUAACAGAAUGUUUAGAUGGCCGUCACAGUUGAAAUUUCAUAAGUGUGAUAGCACGUCACUGGAUGGCAGGUGUAAACCUGAGAAAACACACAGCUGUCCUAAAUGUGGAUACACAUGA